GCCGCCAAACAGCAGGGCUGGCCCACUUAGCGUGCACCAAGACCCCAAGCGGUGAGAUUACGCGAAUUGGCGCACUGCUAUUGGCUGGAGGCCGCCGGCGAGCUCGUUCCGCGCCCAGCAGAGUGGAAGAGUCACCGACUGUUUUGCGGGCAGAGAAUCGCUUCCUGCUUCAGUUCGUCUCGCAGUGAUUGGAUGCGUCCUGCAGCUUGGCCCUUGUGUGGCCGAUAAGAGACGUCUGACGUCGAAGUUCGGGCCACCUUUUUCGCUAGCAUCGUCCGACUGAGUCACUUUGCCCCGUCGAUCAGUGGUGAGCUUGUAGUAGGGUAGAUAAAUACGACUUCGACCCCCUCCUCAAUUUGUCUCAUCUUCCUUUUGCUAAUUACACGAUUUUGUGCAUUGGAGUACAGUUGACCACAUUCUUUUGAUACUUCUGUACUCUCAGUUUCCAAGCACCAGACAGUAAUCCUCGGCAAUUGGAUGGAUAUGCCAGACAACCAUCCCGUCGAAUCGCAAUCGCAAUUACAGGCAGCAAGUAAACCAGAUACCACUACUUGCCCACCAAACCCCCUCGCGCCGGCUUCCACCAUCUCUUCAUCAAAUACUUCAUCUACUGCUUCUUCUACGCAUCGUCAGCAUAAACGCUUCCUCUCGUUUGGGAGUCUCGAAACCUCGUCGGCAAAGUUCAUCAACACUAUCCGCUCGCACUCACCUCUGCCACGCCCAUCAACCCCAGCAGGAGCAAAAGAGCGUCGAAGGCAGUCACCUCCAGCACCCCCACGGCGCUCUCCCACUCCAAUGUCUUCAUCCACCUCUACCUCACCCGUUCAGACCUCUUCUCCCAGCGAACUGUCGCCUACAUCGUCAGUCUUCCCGACACGGCCCGCCCUCUCUCAUCACAGCCGUGUCCCUUCUGACGGUUCUGUCGGCUCGUCCGCCCGAACGAGGAGCGAUGGCUACAAGCGAUACAGCGGCACGCUGAAUCACUAUGGCCGGCACUCUAAUGACUGGCUGUUCGGCGGGUUCAGUGUCCGAGACACUGUCCGGGAUGGAAUUGAGAAAUUGAAGGGCAGUCUUGACCGGGAUUGAAUCCUGCUCAAUCACAAUCGUUUCAACCGGCUGGCUGGGCCCUAGCUGUUUUAUUUUCUUCGCUCCCGAUUGAGUCGGAUACGAUAUAUGCAACAUUGUUUUUUGUAGCACGGCAACAAGCACGCGACAACGAAAUUUGCGCGAUGAUUGAUUCAUUGCUUGAAGAACAAGAUAGGCGGAUUCGAUAUCUGCUUCCUCAGUUAUGAUUUAUGUCUCGAGCUACGACGCUUAUGAGUAGUACUUAAUGAUUGUUGGUGUGUAAUAGCGGAGAAUGUAUUGUAUACCCAUUUGACUUAUCAAUGUGACUGCCGUUAGGCGCAUCCUCGCAAUAGAUGAUUUUCUAGGAAUCUUAUUCAGACCUAGUGAAAUAAUUCUGUUCAAAGCAAUCAUAUAUCAUUCAAAUCAUACAUCAGUUACCCAUUAA